AUCAGACCUUGGAAUAAGUGGACACGGCUAAACGCAUUUUUCUCCUUGCGUAUUCGAAAUCCGUCUGCUGUUUCACGGCGUGAUACAAUGGAAUACCCGCAAGUUUAGCACGGAUAUAGGCAACGAAUUAAGAAUAUUUUCAGAUUCAUGUUUAGCCUACACAUCUACUUUACUGUGCGUUGGUUACAUAUAUUCUCUUGAUGCACUGUACAAUUCCUGGAAUACUUGGCAAGACGAACUUCCUUUUGUUUUUUUUCACUCUUUUAACGGAAGUUGUAUUAAGUUGGGAGAAGUGGGACAAAACCACGGAAUGGAAGAUACGAAAUUCCACAACGGCAUAAUUAACACUAUAACCGGAUAAUCCUCAAGAGUACAGCGUAGUUGUCCGCUACGUGAGGUGAUGUCUAUUGAUUUAGGGUACCGAAUGUGUGUUUGUACCAAGACGAAAUGAACGCACUUCCGUGGGAUAUUUGCGAAUGGACCGGACAGUGGCUCAGGGAGUAGACUGGUUGCUGAAAAUUCACAGUGGAAAUGUUUUGGAGACAGGAGAACAAUACCAGUUUGUUGCUGCUCGCCAGGAGAGAUGCCUGGCGUUUGCUCCUCGCCCCCAGCAGCAUUGGCAAAGACAAGACGUGGCUACACAAACUUGUGCAUCGACAGAUGUAUUUUGGAUUUGAUUGCGUUCCAGCAUCGACGGAUGUCUUUCGAUUUGGGAAUUAUCAGUGAUCAAAUUAUUAUACACGCCGACUUUUUGCGUGGCACUCGUUUUGGAAGUCAAAUUUCACUGGAUAUAAACACUCUGCACGGAAACCUGUUUAUCGUUUUUCGGGAAAGUAGAUGUGUAAUUUCUAAACGUAAGUCUGAAUAGAACAUCGUUCUAAAAUAUUACCCUGCUAUUCUUGCGCGUAGUUUUUAAAUGGUUGUAUUUUUUGCUCAGUCGUUCCCAUUUGAAAAGAGAAGUCAACAUGCCAUCUUUUUAACGUUUAUUUUCAUAUCUGAUGGAAGACGUGCUGAAUUGGCAAAGAGACAGAAUAUUAACGCACCUUAGAAUUAUAUUGGAGUUUAGCCUCAUGUUGCGUACUAUUAAGACUGGUAAAAAGGAAUACCGAUUAUUUCUUGAAUCCAGACCGUGGUGUUUGUGUGUGGAAACUGGUUUGAUAGAAUGACACUACGAUUUACAAGUUCAGAACAACUGGGUAUAGAAGUAAACUUUAUUAGAUUUUUUAUUAUUUGAUGUAAGCCUGAACACCAGUGUUGCCAAAAGUGUUCUGGACAGAACUUCCUUUGCGAAGUGACAAGAGAGCUACACAGCAUUAAAAAUUUACUGGUUUGAGUAAGGGGAGGCAACAGAGAAAAAGAAAAAAAAAGAAAAGAAAAAGAAAACAUCUGGUUCUUGGAUCAUGGCUGGAGAGUGCGCUGGGCGGUCUCUGGUUUUAUUAUCAUUCUUGGCCGUGGGGGCUGCGUUCUCCGGUGUCCUUAAUUCUUCAGACAAAGAUGUUUUCAACGACGACACCGAGCAGGUCAAGCUCGCGGAGGACGGCACCGCCGAACCGUGGAAGCACAUAGCGGACAACCUUCACCCAAACCUCUAUUUUGACCCGGUGGAUGUACCGUUACUCAGGCAGAGGUCCACCAGCACCCACGGCCACCUCUUCAAAGUGAUCCGCGUGGCCGUCGUGACCAUGCUGUCCAACGCCAACCUGUACCUGCCGCCAACGAGGCACGAGGAUUUCGCCAGCAAGUGGAACGAGAUCUACGGCAACAACCUCCCCCCGCUCGCCCUGUACUGCCUGAUCUGUCCAGAGGACGGCGCCGCUCGCCAGUUCCUGCUGAGGUACAUGGACCGGAUGGCGGAGUACCCCAACUGGACGGUGACCAGCGCCCCCAACGACGAAGUACCCGCGGCGCACUCCCUCACCGGGUUCGCCACGGCCUACGAUUUCGUCUACACCUCCUUGGACGCGCGGAGGCGGGUCGGCUACCUCAAGAAAAUCCGCUCCGCCACCGAGGAGAUCUACGAGGUGUCGAAGCACAGAGGGUGGGGCAAGCAGUUCUUACAGAACCACCAGACCACCAACAUCCUGGCCAUUCUGACCGGCGCCAUCGUGGCGGGAGAGCACAACGACCCCGAGACGAUGCUGUGGAAGCAGGUGUGCGUGAACUACAUGGAGAAGACGAUGUUUCUCCUGAAUCACAUCGUGGACGGGUCCCUGGACGAGGGCGUGGCCUACGGGAGCUACACGGCCAAGUCCAUCACGCAGUACGUGUUCCUGGCGCAGCGCCACUUCAACAUCGACAACACGCAGAACAACUGGCUCAGGGCCCACUUCUGGUUCUACUACGCCACCCUGCUGCCCGGCUUCCAGAGGACGGUGGGCAUCGCCGACUCCAACUACAACUGGUUCUACGGGCCCGAGAGCCAGCUGGUGUUCCUGGACUCUUUCGUGCUGGAAAACGGCACGGGCAACUGGCUCGCCCAGCAGAUCCGGAAGCACCGACCCAAAGACGGCCCCAUGGGUCAGUCGUCCGCCCAGCGCUGGACGACGCUGCACACGGAGUACAUCUGGUACAACGCUCACCUGACGCCGCAGCCGCCCGCCGGGUACGGCGAAGCGAAGAUGCACGUCUUCUCCAACUGGGGUGUGGUGACGUACGGGGCGGGCAUGCCCAGCGGCCAGGGCAACACCUUCGUCUCCUUCAAGUCCGGGAAGUUGGGCGGACGGGCGGUGUACGACAUCGUCCACGCCAAGCCGUACUCGUGGGUCGAGGGCUGGGGCAGCUUCAACCCGGGGCACGAGCACCCGGAUCAGAACUCGUUCACCUUCGCCCCCAACGGGCAGGUCUUCGUGUCCGAAGCGCUCUACGGGCCCAAGUACAGCUACCUGAACAACGUGCUGGUGUUCGGCCCCUCCCCCACCAGCCAGUGCAACGAGCCGUGGGAGGGGCAGCUGGGAGAGUGCGCCAAGUGGCUGCGGUGGGCGGACAAGGAAGUGGGGGACACCGCCGGCGAGGUCGUCGCUGCCUCCUCCCACCGGGACGCCAUGUUCGUGAGCGGCGAGUCGGUGGGGGCGUACUCCUCGGCCAUGAAGCUGAAGAGCGUCUACAGGGCGCUGGUGCUCCUCAACUCCCAGACGCUGCUGGUGGUGGACCACGUGGAGAAGCGGGAGGACUCGCCGCUGAACGCGCUCAGCGCCUUCUUCCACAACCUGGACAUCGACUUCAAGUACGUCCCGCACAGGCUUGCGGACCGGUUCAACGGGGCUCUGAUGGACGUGUGGGACGCCCACUACAAAAUAUUUUGGGUCGACAAUCAGGGCGCCAGCCCGCCGGGCAGGAUACAGGAGGCGGAGCAGGCGGCGGAGUUCAAGAAGCGGUGGACGCAGUUCAUCAACGUCACCUUUCCCAUGAGGGGCACGGUCACCCGGGUGGCCUACGUGCUGCACGGCCCUUACGUGAAAGUGAGCGACUGCAAGUUCGUCGAGGAGAGUAAAAACGGGCUGAAGCUGUCCGUGGUCAUCAACGACACCGAGAACAUCGUGUCCGUCGCGACGAACUACAAGGACAUCGGCGCCCGAUUGAGCUACCUGGGCUUCGGGGGGCACGCCAAGGUGGAGAACGAGCAUCAGGUCACGCGUUUCGGUGUGGGAACUCAGCUCGUCCCGAAACAGAGCGCGGCGGACCGCAGCGUGUUCGACUUUGGAUUCGUAGUUAAUUUAAUCGCCGGGGCGACACUGUGCGUCGCCAUCGGGUUUUUGACCCUGCAACGGAAGUUCUACGCGUGCUUCAGCAAGCUCAUGCGGUACACCCUGAUCUCGGUCCUCCUGCUGUGGAUCGUUGAGCUUCUGUUCGUCUCCAACAGCUGCAAUCAGCUCCUCUGCGGAGUGAAGUGGAAGGGCGCCGCCGACCGCGGUGGCGGCGGCGGCGGCGGUACGCCGCGCGCGCCCUCGGACUCGCGCCCGUUCCCGCUCCCGACCGUCGUCAUAACAACCCUGCCCGGGUUCGGUGCGGAGAUCCUCAAGCACCUGUUCUACAACACCUCCGAUUUUGUUUACCUCCGGGUGCCCACCGAGCACCUGGACAUUCCCGAGACGGAGUACGAGUUCGACUCCCUGGCGGACGCCUGCGAGUGGUCGAAAGCGGACGCCCGGGGCGGCCGUUUCCGAGUCAUCCAGGGCUGGUUCCACUCCCUGAUCCGCAACACCAGGCUGCACCUGCAGAACAUACAGCUGGACGAGGCCAGCCGGACCCGGCCGGGCCAGGGGGGCGACUCCUCCCGCCGCGGCAAGAGGAAGAGGAGCAGGAGGAAGGAGCCGCUGGCCGAGCCGCGGGGCCCCGGGAAGGGGAGCCUGGAGAGGGACGCGGAGUACAUCAGGGAACUGCGGCGGCACGUCGGCCGGUACCAGAGCGCCUGCGUGGUCCUGAGUCUGAGCAGCGGGAGCUGGCCCCUCAAGCUCCCCUUCGUCCAGGAGGUCGUCGGCCCUUCCUUGCGCGCCAUCAACGUGGUCCGGGACCCGCGGGCCUGGAUCUACCUGAUGCUGUACAACGGCAAGCCCAGCCUCUACUCCCUCAAGAACAUCCCGCAGCACCUGGCCCUGAUCUUCCAGGAGGACGGCAGCCGGGUCGGGUGCGCGGGGUUCGCGCCCGAGUUCCGGGCCCUGCGGCAGAUGCUGGCCCGCGCGGAGACCGACCCGGUCCCGCUGCUCUCCCACCUGUGGCUGGCGCACACGGCCGCCACCCUGCGGGUCAGCGGGGACCUGUCGGAGGGCACCUACCUCCAGGUGAGGUUCGAGGACGUGGUGCACUUCCCGGAGGAGACCGCCCGGCGGAUACACUCCCACCUGGGCGUGCCGGUCACGCCGACGGCCCUCAACCAGCUCAUGUUCACCACGUCCACGAACCUGUACAGCCUCAUGUACGAGGGGGACGUGUCACCGGCCAGCAUCAACGUGUGGAAGCAAAACAUGCCCUACAGUGACAUCAAACUAAUAGAGGACACGUGCUGGUCUGUAAUGAAGAGGUUAGGAUAUUCAAGGUUUACAAGUUAAAUGCUGCGGGUCAGCUGAUAGCAUCAUCUAGGACUUUUUUUCAUUUUGUCUUUUGCACUAAUAGGAUAUGUAAUUAAAGUUCAGCCGUGGAUUUUUUAAGCGGAAUUGGACACUGAGGGAAAGAGCAAGCUCGACAAAAAUAGGUUUCGGUUUUUUUCCUUUUGUCCAGAAUGUGUGGCUCACUUUGAUCUGAAGCAAUACCUAAAUGGUGGUCAAAAAUUUAUGUUUUACAUUAAAAUGCUAUUGGAUUUAUUUGGAUUGAAGGAAUACACAAAGUCCCAUUUUCUUUAUGCUAUGUCAAAGCCAGCUGAGCCUCAAAGUUGGACGUGAGAAAGGAUGGAUGUUUUAUCUGUGGCGAUGUGGUUAGAAAUCUCAAAGAAAGUUAUACUGUAAUUUCAACAGUGGUUAUUUUUGUAAUGCUGUGCUCUGUGUACUGAUAUGGACCAGGUACUACAUGUUCUAUAGUAUACAUAUGUAAAUGUGGACAUUAUUUUCUUAUAAAGCAAUAGUAUGUACAUAAAAUAUAUACAGUUGUCUCUUUUUAUAUAUGUAUAUUUUGUAAACCGAUUUCUUUUACCAAAGGAUAAAUGACGAAAUAGACUGGGUUUUGUGCCGUGCUAAAAUAUAAAGGUUGAGAAAGGACACCUAGAGCUGUUCUCUGGAGGGAAAAAAAUCUGUGGUGUUUAAUUGGAUGUACAGUACCAAGUACACAGCGAGUAAAUUAUCCUUACAUAGCAGAUUUGUAAAUUGUAUGUCAGACCAAACAUCAACCCUGGAAUUUUAUGUUCUCAGGGAACAGCCCUAGACGUAAGUAAAUGCUAUAUUUCAAGGCUUUAUUGUGGGUAAGUCCUUGGUGGUUUUUUUGCACUGUUGUUUUGGGUUCACUUGUUUAUGCUUACAGAAGCGCUUAUGCUCAUCACCUCAAAACUGCAGAAAGAUGGCAGUGUGCUUAUUGACUUCAUUGCGUUGCUUAAUCUGUGAAAGGAUAAAUGCUGAAUGUUUGCAGUAUUGGCCUGAAGCUAGUUUAAGUGUCUGCUUUGUUCAUUCACACAAUCAAAGGUUUUGAAAAUUGAAAAUAUAAAUUGCAUUUCAAAAUGAA